AUGGGCGUUUAUACGUUCUUUCAGGCAUUCUUGUGCCUGCUCUUUUUGUUGCAGGCAACAGCACAUAAUUUCACACUCGACAGCCGGGCACUGUCCAUUGGAGAUGUACCGAAAUGCGGCUUGCAGUGUCUUAUUCAGCUCGUCCCAGCCAGCGGUUGUCCCCUUGAUGAUUACGAAUGCCAGUGUCGAAACGAAGAUCUCGCAAAGGGUGUCUCAUCAUGUUUACUUCAGAAAUGUACAAUGUCAGACAUCUUAGAUACUGCCAGAGUUCAAGCGGUCAUGUGCAAUCUUUCCACUGAGGAUAAAUCUCAUGACGUAAUGCUGUAUAUAUCUCUCAACUAUGCCGUUGCGUUUACCUUCGUGACAAUGCGCUUUGUUGGAAAACUCUUGUCCAAACGCAUCACGCCUGAUGAUUGGAUUAUCGUAGGGGCAAUGUUGCUUGCAGCUCUGCCCUCUGGUUGCAUAAUCACGAUGACAAAAAUUGGAUUUGGGAAGCAUCUCUGGAAUCUGGAACACGGCCAACUGAAAGAAUGCCUUCGACUUUUCUAUGUUGCAUGGUCAAGCUACAUCCUCGUUCUUGGACUCAUCAAGGUUUCCCUCAUCAUGUUUUACGUCCAGAUCUUCCAGUAUCCAAAGUUUCGCGUCAUCGCUUAUACGAUAUUGGUGUAUAUCGUGCUAUCCACGUUGGUGAUUUUCCUUGCGACAAUCUUUACGUGCACACCAAUCCCAUCUUUCUGGAACCGCGAUAUCAAUGGGAAAUGUCUCGACAUAAACGCCUUGGCUUAUGCAAAUAGCGCCAAUGCUAUUGCGCAUGAUGUUAUCUUGUUGAUCCUUCCCUUGGUGUGUAUUCGUAAGCUCAACAUGGCCCGGUAUCGCAAAAUUGCCGUGGGUGCCAUGUUCUGCAUUGGAACUUUUGGUUGCAUUACUACUAUCGUACGCCUACACUCUCUCUUGACAUUCAAGAUUGGCAUGGACCCAACGUGGGAUUACGUUCCCGUAACCAUCUGGACUGGACUGGAACUUGGUAGCGGCUUCGUCUGCGUCAGUCUGCCCUCCAUACGCAUUCUUCUUAAGAUGAUCCUCCCAAAGAGGUGCCUGAACUUCUUCACGUCUAUCAAGAGCAACUCCAGUCGAGAUCAAGGUCUCGUUGAGAAUCCUUCUCAGAAGGAAUAUAGAAGAGACGGUAUUUGGAAUAUUGCAGAGCGAUGGCCGACAGAAAUAAGUACGGUGCAUCUUACGAGAACGAGUGUUACAUCGCAUGUUUCUGGGGAUUGCGAAAGCCUCAGAGAGGAGGAGUGUGAAAGGCAAGAAGCCAAGCCCUCAAAUUAUCGACAUUUAUGUCUGAGCUGUGGAAGUCAAAGUGACUUGAUCACGGCCCUACCAAGGAUAGGUUGCUUACCAGAUCAAAGUUUUAGUCGUGAUGACCCACAUCACCCUCAUAGAAAUUCCUAUGACCAAGCGUAA